ACUCCUCUUUGCUUUGUCCCAGGUGAAGAUACCCACACAAGCCUUCAUGGGUCAGCUGUGAAUGUCCACAUCAGACUGGACAGGAAUUCUGUGACUGUUGAGAAGACUUACAUCACACUGUCAAACCUCAGCACCGUGACCAUCCUCAACCACAGUAAUGUCACAGCCCGCUUCCAGUGGAAGGCUUUUGCUACUCAGGAAGAGGAGGAUCAGCUGAAGCAGAGGUUCUGCCACAGGCUGUGCCAGCAGGAAAAUGCCCAGGCAGAUAAUUUUCUGGAUUGGAGCAGAGCGGACACCACUCGUGGAGAACGCCUUUCCCUGCUCUCCCACAUCUACCAGAACGAGAGGGCAAAGGUGCAAGGAGAUCCCAUGCUGUUCUUUGAUGACAUUUUCACUAUUAAACCGGUGGAGGGAGAGAUCUGGCCAAAUUUUUCAGCUGAAAUCAGUGUGACCUUUAGACCCCAAGAAGCCCGAGUCUACAAACACACUGUCUACUGCGACAUCUCGGGCCAUGAGACCAGGCUGCCCCUGCGCCUCAUAGGGGAAGGCCUUGGGCCCCGACUCCGCUUCCUGUUUGAGGAACUGGACAUUGGGAAGGUUUCUGUCAUAUCACUCCACAGAUACAAGGUGAGCAGCAGGGGUUGGGGUGGAUCCUGA